AGAUGGCGUUCGCUACGUUUAGGAAACGCGAAGAUGAACCGCAAGAGUUCUACGUCCAUUUGAACUCAGUCUGCGAGCUCAAGGCCACACAAGAAACAGAAAUAUUGAAGCAUUUUGUAUCCGACAUGUUGCAUCGGUCUUCGCCGAAUUCACAACGGCGUGCACAUACGUUGAUGAAACUCGCGCCCAGAAUCGAAACGGAGAAUAAAAAGUACAUCAAGGAACGAAUGUAUAGAAAGCUUGCGACCGAAGCACAAAACGCAGUUUUUGGCAAGCCGUAUGCGCCUGACAACGCCACGGACCAGUAAAUAUGUCAUUGAAAUAUAUUAGAGUGCAGCGAUAGGCAUCCUGGCUAAAGCCAGCAGUGUGGCAGUCUGAACUGCAGUUGACAGUGUUCGCGUUUGAUAUAACCUGACAGUAUCAGGCUUUAUCUAACGACAGAACGUUUGAAACAUCGCGUAUUUGAAGGACUGCAAUACUAUUUGUGUGUGAUUGUACAGAAAUAUUUAUGUUCACACAAAAAGAUUAAAACUGUCAAGAUGAAUUUGCGACUGUAGUCAAACAGUUCAAAUAUUAGUUCAAGCCCUCUGGCUCUGCAAGGAAUUCGUAAGCGAAUUCAUGGUUUGGAGGCGUAAACACGGGACGCUAUGCCUAUGUCGCUAUGAACAAACGUUAACCAAACGGAAACGAUCAGAUUUCCGUUCGAUUUCGUAGUCUCAUGUGGAAGAUUUAUCAUAAACAGUUUAAUUUAUCACAAACAAGAGUCGGUAGAUGGCUAACAAGACAGUGUUUUAUCUCUAGACGUUUUUACGAAUUGUGUUUUGAUGUCGUUGGUCUGUACCGACAGUAAUUGUAAUAUAGUGUGUCUAAUUUAUAUUUAAGAAUCUUGUACAAUCUCGUACAAUACAUAAUGCAUAAGCGUAUUAGAAUUAUUAAAUUUCGCUCGACAAAUAAAAG